AUGACAUCACCUCAGUCAACUUGCGACUCGAAGCCCAUUAACCUGAAUCACCCGGGAUCUCGGGACAGUUAUGGUGACCUCAUCGAACAGAAACCGCACAUUACGUACGACCAGAAGCCCUUCCAAGAUUUUUCCAACAACCCUCUUGACCCCUCAACAUCCCCGGCAACUCUACCAGCUGUCUCCCAAGCUCAACAAUCACAAUUGGCAGCUCAAACGGCCAACAAUUAUUAUGCUCAGCAGAACUUUAUGACGAAUGGAGUCUUCAACAGCUUCUAUCCAGGUAAUCUACCGCCAUACGCCCCUCAAUACUAUCAACAAGCCAGUACGUCGCCAGAAAGUAAGUUUGGGCUAGUAGUUUCAUAAUUUGAAAAAAUAUACCUACUGACAUCAGGUACUUACUUACUCGUAUAUAAUACUUAUUUUUCUGAAAAGUUAUGUUUAAAAAUAUAUUAUGGCCAAAAUUCGAACUUUGACUGUCAGUUUCAGGUUUCACGGGUAGUGAAUCCCAAACGAGGAUCAUUGAAGGCACCGAAGUCCACAUCAAUUCCAAAGGCAAAAAGUCGAGAAAGCCCCGUACAAUCUACACAGCUCAACAACUCCAGGAACUUCAGAAGCGGUUCGAAGGGACCCAGUACCUGACGUUACCGGACCGAGCCGAGCUAGCGAAUGUUCUUGGCCUGACCCAAACUCAGGUGAGUCAAUUUCCGGAGCCUUAUCUCUGGGAUCGAUCGGCCUUCAAACAACCGCUGCGGUGACAGCAGGAAGGGAUUGGGGGCCUUUGUGUUUUUUGCAUGUUACCUGUCACAAUUUGAUGAGUCCCCGAUCCCUUGAAUGGCACGCGUUUUGAUGACUCCGUGUCUCCCCGUGGGGCCAUCGCUCUAGCAUAUGUUACCCAAGUACGGAAGCUGUUGCAUCGAAUUGCAUCAUUAUAAGGAUGUUUCUGGGUCGUGUCCACGUAGGGGCCUCUUUUUAUUUGGGGUCAAGAUGCGUCAACUAGAUUCCGAUUGCUUCGGGUAAUGACAUUCUGGGAACAAAGGGGGCGCCUUUGUUUAUCUAUAUAUCCGUAGAGACAUGUUACCUGAGGAUCGGAGCGUCCGGUAAUCUAAAACGAUAAACAAGGGGAAACUGGGAAGUAUUGUUUUUAAUUUAAUCAUUUCAGGUGAAAAUAUGGUUCCAAAACCGACGAUCGAAACAGAAGAAACAAAAAAGAGGGGGACCAAACGAAGGAAACCGAAGUCGAACGUCAGAUGAGGACAAUGACUCCACUGGGAUAAGCACCCCAAAUUCGGUGGAGCCAGUCAGUAAUGGAAUGAUUAAUAACGAAGAAGACCCUCUAAAGACGCUGAACACUCUCAGCAUGAUGAACGGACAAGCCCAAGACCAACAACUGGGUCUAGGGCCGGGUCUAGGCCCUUCGUUAUCUACAACCAUCCCCACCUCGUCUCCCAUGAUUCCCUUACCUUCUUCAGCGAAUCAGAUGCCUUUCUCCCAUUCGGCCUUCAGUCAGCCAAUGCUUGAUAACUCCCUCAAUCCCUGGUCGACAGCCCAUCCCAUGUUCCCUCAGGCGCCCAACUACACGGACAACAAGAUCGACAUGCUGGAUGUGAAGUAUCCCGCAUACGAUGCCAUGUCUUCGUAUUACCCAACUCCGAAUUGUUUUCCUUCUCAGCAAUUCUUCGGUUAG